AUGGCCUCAUCUCAAAAACAAGCGUCCAUGUUGUUCCUUGCUUGUGUCCUCCUCAUGCUCACGCAAGAAAUGCAUUGUCUUGCUUCAUCUCAAAGCCCUUCUCUAGUGGCCUUUGCUGGUCCUAGUAAUCAAACCACUAAUGAGGAACGGGAGGCACUCCUAACAUGGAAAUCUGAGCUAGACAGCCAGAGUCACUGUACUUUGUCUUCGUGGAAUGGAACCAACCCUUGUUCAUGGCAUGGAAUCGAUUGUGAUCCUCCCGGGAGCAUUGUGAGCCUGAACCUCUUGGAUUUUGCCAUACAUGGUACGCUUCGUCAUCUCAAUUUCUCCCUAUUGCCCCACUUAGUCACUCUGAAGCUUGCCAACAACUCACUUUUUGGAAACAUCCCCCCAAGCAUGGCUCUUCUUGCCAAGCUUACUCAUCUAGACUUGUCUCAAAAUAACUUUUCGGGAAACAUUCCGACUCAAUUAGGGUCCUUGCGAUCUCUCCAAGUUCUCGAGCUAUCGCAUAAUAAUUUCAAUGGUCCAAUUCCCAGUGAGAUAGGUAGCUUGAGCAACUUGACCGGCCUAUUUCUUUCUGCAAAUAAUCUUUCUGGUUUCAUCCCUAGAGAAAUAGGAAGGCUCAAGUCUCUCAAUUACCUCAAGUUAAUGAACAAUCGCAUCACCGGUCCUGUUCCUUCUUCCAUAGGAAACAUGAGUAGCCUGAUAGAGAUGCGGCUUUGCAAUAAUCAACUUGUUGGGGCCAUUCCAAAGGAAAUAGGAAUGUUGGGAUCUCUCAUUGAACUUGAUUUAUCUUCCAAUUAUCUCAAUGGUUACAUCCCUAAAACUCUGGGAAAUUUGAGUAAUUUAGUAGUUUUUUACUUAUAUCAAAACCAACUUUCUGGUCCCAUACCUUUGGAAGUUGGAGGAAUGAGAUCCCUCAUAUGUUUUCGAUUGCCAUUAAAUGAUUUAACAGGUCCUAUCCCGUCAUCCAUAGGUAAAUUGAGCAAUUUGAAUUAUGUUUCCCUACGCAUGAAUAAGUUGUCGGGUCCUAUCCCAUCAUCCAUAGGUAACUUGAGCAAUUUGAAUGUUCUUCGCCUUUUCAAAAAUAAACUUUCUGGGCCCAUCCCAUCCUCCAUGGGCAACUUGUGCAAUCUAAAAACUCUUCAGCUUAACUUCAAUGAGUUGUCGGGCCCUAUCCCGUCCUCCAUAGGCAACUUGAGCAAUCUAAAAACUCUUCGGCUUAACACCAAUGAGUUGUCGGGCCUUAUCCCGUCCUCCAUAGGCAACUUGAGCAAUCUAAAAACUCUUUGGCUUAACAUCAAUGAGUUGUCGGGCCCUAUCCCGUCAUCCAUAGGUAACUUGAGCAAUCUGAAUCUUCUUGACCUUUACGAAAAUGAACUUUCUGGUCCCAUCCCAUCCUCCAUAGGCAACUUGAGCAAUUUGCAAUAUCUUUCGCUUGACACCAAUGAGUUGUCGGGCCUAUCCAGUUAUCCAUAG